GAAACCCGGACUCUGGCACAGUCCAUGUGGACUCGGGAGACUGGGGGGGUUGGAGCGCCCUGUGCUGGAGCCGGCGGGCGGCGGCUAGUAGCUCGGUAUCCCCCGCCGCGCUGGGGCUAAUGCUGGACUCGCCGCUCCUCCCCGCGGGACCGCUGCUCCCUCGCGCCCCCGCCCCAGCAGUGGUCGGGCCCGCGGCGCUGGCCGGGGCUGCGCUGGGACGGGCUGAUGGAGCCACCUGCCGCUGCUGGUUUCAGGCUGAUCAAAGAAGAUACAGAAGGUGAUUAUGAACAAGGUUCUAGUCUGAUCAGAGAAGAAGAAUCAGAAGAUGAUGUUGAACAAGGUUCCAGUCUCUUGGAUGAAGAAGAAGAAUCUCAGAUGCAAGAAGAUGGUGAACAGUUAGUGAAACUGACUGAAGAUGACAUUAGCAGUAAUAGGAUCAUACUUACAAGUGGCAUUCAGGAAUGGCCAGAUGGUUCCAGUUACAAAGGGGAAUUUGGGUUUGAUCUAAAGCUUGGUUAUGGAGAAUUCUCAUGGGUCAAUGGUGAGAGGUAUGUGGGGCAGUUUUACAAGGACCAUCGCCAUGGCAAAGGGACGUACUUUUGGCCCGAGAGUUCCAAAUUUACCGGAUCAUUUUAUCUUAGCCAUAAAGAAGGAUAUGGGACCAUGGAAUUCAAGGGUGGCAGAAACUAUCAGGGACUAUACAAGGCCGAUGACCGGUUUGGACCAGGAGUUCAGAGCUAUCCAGAUGGCUGUCAAGAUGUUGGCUUGUGGCUCAGGAAUCACAUAAUUAAACUGUGUACUGAAAUACCUGGACAUUUUUCUCUCUCGGAUUACCCAGAACACUACAGCUAUUUGGAUGCUGAUUCCCAGAGAGAGUGUCUUUCUGAUGAGGAGAUUCCAUUUUGGGAUCUGAAUGAGGAACAGGACCCAUUUUUCUACAACUACAAACUUCUCCUUUUAGAUGACAGUUACAUAUUGCCUGAAAAAAUGUACAUCUACUCAAAUGAUACAGAUCACCUUCCCCUGACUCACACCUUCCGUAAAGAGUUUGAUUCCCAAUAUUUUCAGAACAAAAAGUUGUAUGAUGAAGAACCAUGGCCUGUUAAAAACACAAGCCCUUUAAUGGUUAGAAUGCAGAAGCACAUCUAUAAAUACAGGCAUUGUCAAACAGAGGUCAGUUGGGAUAUCAACAUCAUUUUGAAUGGAAGCCGAGACACCUUUGGACCGAAGGGCCCCAAAGAGCUUGCUUCGGAGCAGCUGAUUCAAAAGGCAGCAGCAGGAGACUUCAAUAGAAUUUAUGAGAUUCUGAGGGACAGCUUAGCUCAUCCAGAUGUAGCUGACACGCGUGGAUACACUGCACUUGCUGCUGCUGCUCUGAAUUACCAUGACGACAUCGUUAAUCUUCUUCUUGAUAAUGGAGCUGAUGUGAAUAAAUGCAGCGAUGAAGGAUUAUCAGCGCUAUCCAUGUGCAUUAUUCUUUAUUACCCAAUAGAAUCAUUUAAGGCUAAUGUUGCUGAGAGGAACUUUAAAAAAGACGAGGAUGAGCAGUUGGAAGAUGGAUCUGCACCACUUCCAUUGGCACCAGCAAAACAGAAACGCUUAACUGGUCCUGUUCGUCAGUCAGCUGUGGUACCUCCUAUGCCUGGGGAAAAGGCAGAGUCUGUUUCUGAUGAUAGAAACACAUUGGAUGAAACGGAUCUUGCAAGUUUAGAAAAGAGGACUGGCUCCAGCACUGAAUCCAAUUUUGAGUCGAACUGUACUGUUUUCAACUACGGAAUCAAGGUUUCUCUAAAAGCUUUGCAGCAGAGUGCAGAUGCCUUCAGCCAGAGUUUGCUGAGAGUACCCUCCUAUGCCUAUGUCAAUGGACAUGGUGGGGCUGACGGCACCAUGAGAAAAAUGGCGUUAUCAAUAUCUGAGCACCGAAAGAGAUGGACCACGGUCAAACUACUUCUCCGCAGAGGUGCAGACCCCAAUGUUUGCAGGAUCCCUCUGCAUGUCCUAUUCUUUGCUGUUAAAGCUGCGGAUGUAGGAGCAGUGAAACUACUAUUAGCAGCAGGAGCAAGGACUGACAUACGACUUCCAUCCAGGCUGGGAGGUUUAAUGCCUCUUCAUAUUGCUGUGGCCAUUCCUGGUGAAGAAGGGGUCAAGAUAACGGAAUUAAUCCUUCAUUCAGCUACAGAUCCCGAUGCAAGGGCAGGAGACGAAGAUGAUGUAUAUGCACCAGACUGGAAUGAGCCUGCCGAAUCACCAGUUAUUAUUGCCAUGAAACUUAAUAAUGAAACUGGACCUCCUAGUGAAUACUACUCAUCUUCUAGUCUUGUCCCAGAGGAAGGUGGGAGGACUCCUUUGCAUAUUGCCUGUGAGAGAGAGGAUAACCCCAAGCAUGUCAGAGAUGUUGUCCACCUCCUCUUAACUCAUAAGGCAAAUCCUAACACCUUGUGGAGUGGCCAUUCACCACUUUCCCUGGCAAUUGCCAGUGGGAAUGACUUGGCAGUGAUGGAACUCUUAGCGAAUGGAGCUGACCCCAAUCUUCCAUUAAGCAACGGUAUAGGUAGUGCCCUUUGUGCUGCAGUCAACACCACAUAUGAACAGAAGAGGACCAUAGCAAACAGGAUUUUAUUGAUUGAUAAACUAAUUGAGGCUGGUGCAGAUAUGUUGAUGCCAAUUACUCUUAACCAAGGGAGGAGAACUGCAGUGGGAACUGUAGUAGACUACGCAUAUUAUAAAUACUUUCAGGAUAAGAAGAUAGCACAUACUCCAUACCAUGCAUUAUUGCCGCCGGAACGAGAGAUUUUCAAUGCGCGCAGGGAGCUGCUACAGUACAUUAGUGACCGGCUUCGCGAGCGUGUUGUCUUGAAAGAGAGAGAAUGGGAUAGAGAAGAACUUCGGAAAUCCAGGAAAUUAGAGGCAAGUCCUCGUGCUCCCUCAGCUAGAAGAAAACAUGUGGACAAGCGUGCUGCAAUAAUGCUAUCACGGGAGGAAGUGAGACAGCCCUUCUUUAAAUACUGCUACCAGUGUGGGCGGGCUAUAGGGAUUCGACUCACUCUUUGCAUACGCUGUUAUGAGAUCUUCACUUGCAGCAAGGCUUGUAAAGUCAAAGCCUGGAAUGAGCGUCACAGGCGCGAGUGCUUUGGAGCUACAGGUGAUUCACCAUUAAUGGACUCUGAUCAAGACAACCUACAGUCUGAGGUUGAUGAAAAGCAUCAACUUAAGACUAAGUCGGGCAUUUCAAGAGAGAGGCAGAGUCUUGUUGGCAGAAAGGGAAGCGAGGGAAGAGGCAGAAGAGAUGUCUUCAGGAAAGAUGACAAGAAGCCAAGGCCAGGAAGACUAUGUGCAGUGGCCGAUGACAUGCGUCCAAAUCUUCCUUACACUGGGAAUUACAGUUACAAUUAAUCCCACUGUAGAAAAGUUGACCUGGCAUCACUUGCCUUUAUCUAAUAAGUACUAUAUCAAAUAGGAAGCGAUAGGAUACUAAUGAUAUGUGUGUGAUGACAACUUAGCCAGCCAGAGUCAUUUUCCAGUGGCCUUCUCUAUUUUUAAUUGAAAAUACUGAUUAGCAUGGAUGCCUCUAACAGUUAGACAUGUAAAGAGAGAGCUGGAUGAUAAAAAUGACUACUGUACGGGGUAAAGCUGUGUAAGAGCUAUUCAUGCCACUGAAAUAGCAUCUGCAAUGUGACUAUUGCAUCGCUCAUCAACUCCACGAAAACGUCACUCUCCUCUAGCUUGAAUUGCGACGUAAUUAUACUAUGAUUGGUGGGGGGCAACGUGGCUGUUACGCUGAUUUAGUUAGCUAUUCAACUGACCAAACCUUCUGAAAAACAGAUUAUGCUCCAAAGCAUGAAAAAUGUCACACAACCUCAAAGCUCACCGUGUUCAGCAAGGAGAACUUUCUGUCUGAUCGGGCAUGCUCUCGCCUCCCACCCCUCCCUCAGCUUCACUUAUUGGCAGCUGAGGAUGAGGAUGGUGAAAACUUUAGCGCUUACACCUGUUCAGGUCGAAGGGCAUUUUGCUGUUGACAUGAAUGGAAGCAGGAUUAGGGGAUAUUUGCUCAUAUGGCAGACAGAGGUCACCAUGUGGAAAAGGAGGCAAUUUUCUGGUUAGGUGUCUCAUUUUUAGCGAUGCUGAGCACCUCCAAUUCCUAUUGGAUCCAGUUGGGGAGGUAGCUACAGGUACUCAGCACCUCCGAAAAGUAGGCCCUGUUUAUGUGCCUGUCUGUAGUGUCAUGUUUGAAAAUUUUGGCCAGAGUACAUAAGGACCAGAAUAAUGUUCCUCACACCCAUGUGACUUACAUCGGGAUGCAUGGAUGUAACUGAGAACAGAAGCUGACCCUUGGAUUGUAUAUAGUUUGAGCAUGUUAGUUUCCCGAUGUUUGGCCUACCAAUAGCUCAUUUGCAAAUGUGGGGUGUGUUCAUAAAGCUACAAAAUUGGAUACAAUUUUUUUUUCCGUUUUCCUAUUUCUUUGCUAGUGGCAGUUAUUUUAAAUAAUACAGAGAGGAUUUACAGGAGAUGACUGAAUUGUAGUUUGUAUAAAUACUGUUCCUUGUAGAGUACCCCUGGAUAAAUAUGUAUUAGUUUUAUAGAAUAUAGAGAUCAGCUGUUUAGCGCUGUGUAUAUAAAAUAGAAUCUAAACUCCUGUAACAGAAAGAUUUUAAUAAAUACCAAGUAAACUGGUAAGCUUUACAGAAACAAGAAGUUGAUUAAUUUCUUUGUUUGGGGGGGUGGAGGGGAAUUCUUUAGGUGCCGUUUACCUCCAGUCACGUGCACUCCUUCUGUCAGUAUCUGAUUACCAGAAGUCUGGGGCUCACCCCCUUGGUAUCGUUACCAAGUUCACCAACCUCUGGAAAUGGAAUUGUGUAUAUAGAAAAACAAAACCUAUUUCAUUCAAAGGGAGCAUGGUGGUGGAUUAUUUAAUUCAGAAAGGCUCUCUACUAGGACCAGAAUGCUUUCUUCUUUUAGUUAACUUUUCAAGAAGCAGUAUCUUGAGUGCAAUAGUAAAUAAUUAACACUGUGCUUUACAUUUACAAAUAUUUAGUUGUAAAUCUAAUCUUUUAAUUUCUCUCCUUCAUUACAUCCUCCCCAGUCUCUCUCUCAACAAACUUUAGUAUGGUAACUUUUUAAAAUGUCAUCAAAUAAAUAUCAUCUUGUUUUUAAGCAUUUCCUAUACCUAGAGGUGACUGCUCUCCGCCACACAUUUUUGAGCAGGUGAGAAGCUCACAAUGGCCAUAGGAUACUGUUGUUAGUGGGUAAACCAAGGACUGAGUGUGGGGCUACUCACAUUUAGAAAUAAAACAGUGAUUUGUAACAGUGGGGACAAAUAUAGAUUUAAGUCUCCAGCCUUUUUAUUUAUACAAGGAUUCAAAGAACAUAUUUCAACCUUAGAUAAACAGUGCAAGAUAGUUACAAGUACCUUGGUAACAGAAAGAAAUAUAUAACUGGCCAGCUAUGCCAAUAAGUGAAAUAAAUCUUAAUCCUCCAGCUAGAAAUGCAUUUUUUAAAGCAAAGGUGUACUUCAGAUAUUUGUUAUACCUUAUCCCCUACCAGGCCCACCAGAAAACAAUAGGUUGUUUGUCAUUUGUAAAACGAUAAAUAUCUGUGCUCUCAAAGCCGCUAAUGAUCCCACCCGUAGUUAAAACAUACAAAUUAUGGCACAAAAGAGCAAGUUUAAAGACAGAGAUGCUUGUAAAUCCACUAGUCCAUUUUUCAGGUUCUCCACUUUGCAGGGAUGUGGGUGUUUAAUAAUUCAGAUAAGAACAAACCCCAAAGUAUUUUUUCCUUAUCAAAACACUGAGCAUUCACCAUCUUGCUAACAGAGAAGCGAAUGGUCCUUUUUCCUCUUCCCCGUCCAAAGCAGCAAA